AUGCCCCGCCCACCGGAGAAAAACACCCUCCCAAAUGAAACACAACUCGAUCCCACGCAGAAAAACAGAUCACAGCACCCACAAGAACAAAAACAAGGGAAAGAGGAAAUCCCCUGCUUCAGAUUCGCACAUGAGUCCGAGUCCCAGUCCGAGUCUACCGCACAAUUGGGUUCCAACUCCCUACUGUACAGGAUCUGGUCUCUGGUCACUUACACACCGCACCGAUGUCGCUGGGAUCCAGCGAAUCCGGUGAAAUUCAGCUGGGCGUUGACGGUUUUAUUUGGGUUUGCGACGACAUUUACGGUCGCAAACCUCUACUACAACACCCCCCUCCUAACCCUCCUCGCCUCCGACUUCGCCGUCCCCUACGAACGCGUUACGCAAAUCCCAACAGUCAUGCAAGCAGGCUACGCCGUAGGCCUAGUCUUCCUCUGCCCGCUUGGCGAUCUUGUCCGAAGAAGACCAUUUACUUUACUCCUGACGAGCUUUACGGCGGCCGUUUGGUUGGGACUUUGUUUGACGGGGAAUUUUGAGUGCUUUGUUGCGCUUAGUUUUGUUGUUGCUGUUUCGACUGUUACGCCGCAAAUAAUGCUUCCUCUAAUCGGCGACAUCGCCCCGCCCACACACCGCGCAACAGCCAUAUCCCUCGUCUCAUCAGGCUUACUCCUCGGCCUACUAAUCGCCCGCGUCAUAGCAGGAAUAAUAUCACAAUAUACAUCCUGGAGAAAUAUCUACUGGCUCGCGCUGGGACUGCAGGUUUGUAUCACGAUUAUGUUGUGGGCUUUUAUGCCAGAUUAUCCUGCUACUAUGGAUAUCACCAACGCAAACACCACGCCAGCAUCAGCGUCCGAGUCGACAUCAACAGCGCAAGAUACAAGUGCCAACCCAUCAAAGAAAAAGAAAGCGACCUUCCAACAAAGACUGCUCCUAUACCCAUCAGUCCUAUGGAGUAUAAUAACCCUCUUCAUCAACAAUCCAACUCUAAUCCAAGCCUCCCUGAUGGGCUUCUGCUUCUCAGUACCAUACACAUCAUUCUGGACGACGCUGACAUUCCUCCUUUCGGCCGAACCGUACUCCUACUCCACGCUUGUGAUCGGGUUAUUCGCCGUCGUGGGUAUUCUCCCCAUGGCAUUUGGACCUGUAUACUCGCGUCUUGUCCUUGAGAAGUCAGUCCCGCUUGUUUCCGCGCUCGUUGGGGUUGGAUUUUGUUUGGUUGGUGCUGUUGUUGGGAUUGUUGGAAGCGACACCAGCACGAGGGUCAGCGUCGACAUCGACAGCAGGCCCGGGGGGAACAUCGCUGGACCAAUUAUUCAGUGCAUUCUACUUGAUUUAGGACAACAGGUUGCGUUGACGGCGUGUCGGGUUGCGAUUUAUGAGUCGGCCCCCGGUGCAAGGAGUAGGGUGAAUACGGCGUUUGUGUUGUUUCUUUUCGGGGGGAUAUUCUUGGGACGAGUUUGGGGCCGUUGCUUUUUGUUAGAUUUGGGUGGGUUGUGA